UAUGGCCGAGAGUGUGCGAGUUGAGCGUGUGCAUCGGCAGUCUCGCUAGUCGCUACCAACCGGCCGAGUGCGUCCCAAAACACGACACGACGCGGCUGUCCGUCGUUUCUUUAUUCUCUCGCGAUACGAGUUCGCGCGUGCGUAUAUAAUAUAGUGGGCACUACGCCGCUCGGCCGGCACCGAUGUAACAAUAAUAAGUAUUAUAGUAAAUAAUAACAAUACUAAUCGACGACCGUUGGCCGUAUGUUUUCACAUUUUAUUUGAUUUUUGAGUUUUCGGUGACAACGGCGGUAAUAACGCAUAACACAAUAAUAUACUUGGUAAUUAUCACUCGCACGUCGCCGCCGUAAGACGAUCAAAUACACACGAGAAACGCACACACGAGGGCGCCUAGCAGACGCUGUCAUGACUCAUGGUGUUUCCGUCAUACGUCCGGACGAAACAUGGACACGGCUUCCGACCUAAGUCAGAUUGACGAAGAAAUAAUCAGAUUAAAAAAUGAACUGUCUAGAACUAAAAAUGCGUUGACCAGUCAAAUUAUCAAAAGACAUCAAUUAGUUGCCGAACUGUCGCUGAAAGUUGACAAAAAAAACAAUCAGCUAAAAGAAUUUCAACGUUCAAACUUCAACGAUCUAGGAAAAGUGUUGAGGUCACUGUACGUGUUUGAGUCGAAAUUAAGAAAAGAACAACAACAAAUAAGAAGACAAUUAGGGGAGAGAGAUUCGGUGAUAAGGCAACAGCAAAUAGAAAUCGCGAAAUUAAGACAGAGUCUAGCUCACUAUUGUCAUAAAAAUGAGCCGUGUGAGGAUACGGAAAUUAUUUCGAUUUCGAAACCCGACUUGAUCACAUCUAUCUCGUCACAAUCACACGUAAACGAGCACGUAAAAAAUAAUGAUAUAGAUUCGUCGGAAAAACUCGUAGUGUUACCAACAAAAUUAGAGGGAUCGAGGAAAAAUGUGUUACCGGUGGACACACGUUCUAAGAAAAAUUCAAACAACAAUAUAAACUUUAAUAAGAAUGUGUACAGUAAAACUGUUACAGACUUGUCUCUCAAUGACAUAUCGUCAUUUCCAAAUCCAACACCCAAUAACAACUUAUUUGUUGUGUCUAACUCUAUUUUCUCGAAAAACGAGUUUACUUACAAUGAAGUCUCUAAAGAGGUGAUAACUUCGGUGAAGCAGAACGGCAAGGUGAUCACCUCCGCGCUGAAGAAGGCGGACAAGUAUCCGUCACCGAAGACCGUACACUUCGGCAAAACGACUCACAUACCCGAGCCCGACGAAGACGGUCAGACGGACAUCGUGAAGACGGUGGAGACGCUAUUGCUACAGCAGUGUGGCGACUCGACCGAAUCGGAAAACGACACGUCUAGCACGGCGUCCACGGAAACGUCGCCCAGCGUAUCGCAGAUGGUCCGGAAGUUCGAGAGCAUAUGCACCACGGCUGCCACUACUUCCGGUUCUUCGAUGGUGUCGGAGUUGCGCUGCGCCGACGGUAGGUCUCCGACCCUGGUGGACGACCGCGGAAGUGACGGGAGCUACAUCGCGGACGCCGACCUGAGGACUGCGGCCGAGCUAGACGUGAGGACCGACUCGGAACCGGACGUGUGCGCUGGAAGCUGCGCGGCGGUGUCGCUAAGCGACUUAGACCCCCGGAACAACUUCGAGGAGUUCCGAUUCGAGGAUAGCGACCUGGACAAGGAUUACGGUUGCGGCCGACCCGAGGCGGACGGGCUCGAGUACCCGGACCGGCACGGUUCGUCGUCUUCACCGUCGUCGCCCUCUGUGGCCGCGGCCGUCACGGCGGCCGCGGUCCUGUUGCGGUCGGCCGGGGACGACGGAAGUUGCUGCGCCGCCAGCCGGGUCAACUACGAAUCGUUUCUGGAAGUGACCGGGCUCAGCCAAAAGUCCAUCAUCACGGUGCAGUCGAACAGGAACGCAUACGGGUCGCACAGGAACGUGCAGAAGCCCAAAGACGUGAAGAGCAGGAACCGGGCCAAGUCGGCGUCGUUCGACUGCAAGUCCGCGUACCCGGCCGCCGUCAAGUACUGGACGGAACCCUAUAUCUGAGAGACGGCCGGCGCCAUAAUACCUAGUUACCUAUACCUAUUUACUUUAUUUACCUGUGCACAUACCUAUUUAGUAUUAUGUUACGAUAAUAUAUAUUAUUAU